AUGCUGCUCAACACUCGGCGACACCGCUCGCGCCCUCUGACAUCUCUCCUUUCGCUCCUGUUGCUCGUCUCUCUCGCCCUUUUCUCCACACUAGCUUCUGCCUUGCCGUCGUCCACCGGCGACCGCAUCCUCGUCGUCGUCGACCAGAUCGCUCACAACACCUACUCGAACUUCUUCGCAUCCCUCACAUCAAGAGGCUACAAAGUCGACUUCAAAGCGCCUCGCGACGCCAAGCCGCAGCUCGUCCAGCACGAUGUGCUCUCCUACGACCACCUCAUCCUACUCUCCCCUGCGAGCAAAUCCUUGGCUGCCGACAUCUCGCCGCAGCAGCUCGUCGAGUAUCUCAAGAUCGGAGGAAACAUGAUCGUUGGCCUUGACUCGAGCGCCAGCGAGAUGCAGCGCGAUUUGGCUCGCGAGUUCUCGCUCGAGUUCGAGGAGCGCGGGAGUGCCUUGGUCGACCACUUCCGGUACAGCGGCCAGCACGACGCCGGUAACCAUACCGCUGUUCUCGUCGGAGGUGAAAAGUCGGCGGAAGGUCUUAGCACAGGAGGACUGGUACAGAAUGUCAACGUCUUUUCGGAUGAGACGCUUCGAGCGGCAAAGAACACGCCGUUUCUCUACCGCGGAAUCGCCCAUCGCGUAGGCGCCAACCCCCUUGCCUUCCCGCUUAUCCUCCCACCUGCCACCAGCUACUCUUCGGAAGUACCUGCCCUGGUCAAGGAGCAAGAUGCGGUGGUCGAAUCCACCUCGUACUCGACACCACCACCCGUCACCGUCACAACGACAAAGAUCGUCGACGGCGAAACCCACACCACGCAAGUCCUCUCGACUCCGCGUGCCGUGCCCACCGUGGUCAAGAACAAAUCUGCCAGCAAGCUCGGCAAGAACGGCUGGGUGGCCAAGAACCGCAACAGCCUCGACCCGCUCGAGUCACGCAAGGAGCUCGUCGCUGGCCUUGCCACCUCUUCCUCCUCCAACGCCCUCGUCUCGCUCGUCUCUGGCUUCCAGCUCGCAUCCAACAGCGCACGAGCCGUGUUCCUUGGAUCCACCGAACUGCUCUCGGACGCGUUCUUCUCCGACACGCAAUCCGGGUACGUCAACAAGCUCGUGGCUGCCGAUCUGAGCGCCUGGGCGUUCCAGGAGAAGUCCGUGCUCAAGGUCGUCGCUACGCACCACCAUCGCGUGAAAUCCGGACCGAGCGAUACGCGCGAGGACUACGAAGAAACUGAAGCGGGCAACAAGAUGUACCGCAUCAAAGAUCACGUUUUUUACUCAGUCGACCUGGUCCAACACCAUCCUCAGCUUGGCUUCAUUCCUGCGGACAGCUCUCUCGACCUCCAAGUCUCCUUCCAGAUGCUGGACCCCUACAUCACCGCACACCUCACCCCGCUCUCCGCCUCGAACUUCACCCACACCUCCUCGCCCGCCUCGUCCACCUCGGAAAGCGAGGCCUUCACGCGCUUCGCCACCACCUUCCAGGUGCCCGAUCGUCACGGCGUAUUCACGUUUGUGCUCGACUUCAAGCGUCCCGGCCUCUCGUUCCUGCACGCCAAGGAUACGGCGCCUGUGCGACCGUUCAACCACGACGAGUAUCCGCGCUUCCUCAGCUCCAGCUGGCCGUACAUCGCAGGCGCGCUUAGCACGAGCGUCGGGUUCCUGGUUUUCAGCGCAAUCUGGUUGACCAUCAGGGACGAUCCGCCGACGGGGAAGAAGAACAAUUAG